AUGCUGACCUAUUUCUUGGUCCUUUCUAAGCACAUCAACACCUCGCUGGUGUCCCUGCGCCGAGGGUGGCGAGACUUUGUGCUCCCACCACUCUGGGCCUCUUGGCGCUCCUCGGGUCCCUGGGGCGCUUCUUGGGCCCCAUGCCGCCGUCUAGCCGCCGCUGCCUCCUCCAGGGAGCCCCCCACGGUCGCCACUCCCUCUCGGGUACGCCAGAACUUCCACCCGGACGCUGAGGCUGCCAUCAACCGCCAGAUCAACCUCGAGCUCUACGCGUCCUACGUGUACUUAUCCAUGGCCUAUUACUUCUCCAGGUAUGAUGUGGCCUUGAACAACUUCUCCAGGUAUUUUCUUAACCUGUCCAGGGAGGAAACAGAGCAUGCAGAGAAGCUGAUGCACCUGCAGAACCAGAGGGGAGGCCGGAUCUGCCUGCAGGAUAUUAAGAAACCCGACCACGAUGACUGGGAAAAUGGUCUGAAAGCUAUGGAAUGUGCUCUGAGCUUGGAAAAAAAUGUGAACCAGUCCUUGUUGGAAUUGCACGCACUGGCUUCAGACAAAAGUGACCCCCAUUUGUGUGACUUUCUGGAGACCAACUAUCUGAAUGAGCAAGUGAAAUCAAUCAAAGAACUAAGUGACUACAUCCACAACUUGGUUAAGAUGGGGGCUCCAGAUUCUGGCCUGGCGGAGUACCUUUUUGACAAACACACCCUUGGGAGUGAAAAAAAGCAGAAUUAA